GCAGAGGAACAGCAGGAGGCAACCCAGAGUACUGUAUAUAAAUGCUUGCACACACCCAACAUCCUCUCCAAACUCCGUAGUGUGCCAGAAGCAAAGCUGGUUUUCUCGGCUGCAAGGCAGACUUGUCAAACGGCCACACAGGUUAGUAAUUGAUAGCAGGGAGCGGAGAGGGAGCGGAAUGGGAAAUUGGAACCAGGUGUUGCAGUAUGCAGACCAUUUUAAAUCUUCUAAUUUCUUAACAAUCACUCAGUGCAGUCCAAAGUUCAGGUUUUGUAAUGCGAAAAGCAGGCUUGGUUUGAAGGCUUUCUGGGAAUGAUGAAUUGCUGACAUUCUCAAAGUUACCCAUUUCUGUUUGGUGUUUUGAAAUUGUUAGUAUGUUGUUCUGGGUCUUCUCUGUAAGCAGAAAGAGAGCAUCUUUUUGGUCCAUUCAUCCAAUUUUAUUUUUAUUUUUGUAGGGGGAGGAGGAGUGUUAAUGACAUCUGUCAGUCAAGCACAGUCCUACCUUAACUAUUGACAACUGUUGGGUUAAUUGAUCCGUCGCUAUAAUGCUUUCCUGGCUUCUUUUGUAGCUUAUCUUUUCCUUGUCUUUGAUUCAGUGAUCCAUUCAGGCGGAACAUAAAAAGUACUGGACACUAGCUUUGUUAUGUACUAAGCUUGGAUCCUAGAACAAUAGGCAAGUAGGAUCCUAGAAUGCAACAACUGAUUGGCCUGCAGGAAAAGACCAGUCAGGAUCCAGGAGGGAAGCAGACUCAGCCAAUCAGACGAGACUCAUUGUGUAAAUAAUGUAAAUGUAUGUAAAUGUAAUGGAAAUAAAAGCCUGAGGUUUUUUUGGGGGGGGGCAAUUCUUUUUUUAAAAAAAAUAAUUUUUAUUGAUUUUUCCAUGUAUGCUUCUUUUAACAAUAUAUCUUUAACAAUUUUUUAUAUUUUGACCCUCCUCCCCUGGACUUCCCCCAUACUCCCGUUUUGUUUUUACCCCAUAUUGUUCACCCUGUGUAUUGUUUCCCCAAAAUUUUCUCAAUACAUAUAGUCUUAUUUUUUGUUGUAUACAGUUAUGAUUGGCAAUGAGUCCAUUUCUUUAUGUUGCCUCUUCAUAUAUGUUAUAAAUGGUUCCCAUUCUCUUUUAAAGUCUUUGUUGUCCUUUUCAUGUAAUUUUUCUGUUAGUUUUGCCAGUUCUGCAUAUUCCAUAAGUUUCCCUUGCCAUUGUUCUUUCGUUGGUAUUUCUUCUGUCUUCCAAGUUUGUGCUAAUAUAAUUCUUGCUGCUGUUGUUGCAUAGAUAAAUAAUUUCCAUUUUUCUUUUUUUACAUCUUGGUCUAAAAUUCCUAGAAGGAAUGCUUCUGGUUUCUUAACAAAGGUCUUUUUAAACAUUUUUUUAAUUCAUUAUAUAUCAUUUCCCAAUAAUUUUUAAUCUUUCUGCAUUCCCACCACAUACGAUAGAAUGUUCCUUCUUUUUCUUUACAUUUCCAACAGGUUUUUGAUACCUUUUUAUACAUUUUGACCACUUUCUCUGGUUAUAUACCAUCUAUACAUCAUUUUCAUAUAAUUCUCUUUCAAUAAGAUACAAUCUGUAAAUUUUAGGUUCUCCUUCCACAUCUUUUCCCAAUCUUGAAGUUGUAUAUUUUGACCUAAAUCCUGAGCCCACUUUAUUUGUGCUGACUUUACCAUUUCAAACUAACGUUUCCCCAUAAAGUAGGAGAUUGUACUUUUUUUAAGUAAUUUCGUGCCACUCUCGACUAUCUCUUUUUGAAAGUUUGAAACUGUAUAACUAAAACCUUUCUUACUGUCUUCCUUAAACUGUUCAUUCAAUUGUCUAUGAUGUAACCAACUUUGUAAAAAGGUCUUCAGUUCCUCAUAUCCUUUCAGCCUUAACCCUUUUUCCACCUCUAUUAAUAAUUCUCUAUAUGCCGGCCAAUUUCCUCCCUUACUAAGUGGUUUUAAUGCUAAUGCUUCCACCGGCGAGAGCCACCAUGGGGUUUUUGGUUCUAGAAAGUCUACAUAUUUAUUCCAAACUUUUAUAAGCAUUUUUCUUACUAUAUGAUUAUGAAAACCUUUAUGUUAGGUUUGGGGGGCAAUUCAAUCACUGUUUUACAAGCUGCAAUAAAGGUAAAGGUAAAGGGACCCCUGACCAUUAGGUCCAGUCGUGACCGACUCUGGGGUUGCGGUGCUCAUCUCGCUUUAUUGGCCGAGGGAGUCGGCGUACAGCUUCCAGGUCAUUUGGCCAGCAUGACUAAGCCGCUUCUGGUGAACCAGAGCAGCGCACGGAAAGAGCGGUACCUAUUUAUCUACUUGCACUUUGACGUGCUUUUGAACUGCUAGGUUGGCAGGAGCAGGGACCGAGCAACGGGAGCUCACCCCGUGGCGGGGAUUCGAACCGCUGACCUUCUGAUCGGCAAGUCCUAGGCUCUGUGGUUUAACCCACAGCGCCACCCGCGUACAAGCUGCAAUAAAGAGCAUGAAAUCACUACAGGGCUCCGAGUAUAUUCCACGAUCCCUGGCCAAAUCUAUCACAUCUUGUGUUUUCCCCGUAAAUUGCAUCUUGUACAUUAACGUCUAGGAUGUCAGUAGCUUUGACAUAAUGCAAGAGAAAACUUGCAAAACGUAACAUUCCAUGUAGGAAUGAAUCACCAGGUGAAUGUAUGAUCGAGCUUUCGUUGCUCAUGCUCUUUGACCUCGAGGGAGUGGUGGUUUCAUAAUUCUUCUGAUUAUUAAAGCCAAGCAAGCUCUUGACAGAAGAUAAGCUAGAGAGAUUAACAAAUUGAAGUGGGCAACACCUGCCUUUGUCCAGGGUUUAAGGUAUGCCCUCGCUGAGGAUUCUGGGAGUUGUACUUGGAACCUUUUUCAUGCGAAACAGAUGCCAAGCUGCAGCCCUUUGCCCAUAUAAUGUGCAUCCAUAUCUUUUAUCUAACAAGGAAAUUAGCUUUCGUAUGUGGCCAUUUGCUGGCUGAGUCUUUUCUUAUUAGUUGAUGGAAAAUAAUUUCUCCCCCCCCCCCCAAAAAACAACAACAACACCUGAGCAACCGAAGCUCAGUUGGUUAGAACGUGGUGCUGAUAAAGCCAAGGUUGCAGGUUUAAUCUCUGUAAUGGGAGAGCUGGAUAUUCCUGCAUUAGACUAGAGGAUCCUGAGGGUCACUUCCAUUAGGAAAUGGUAUGUCCCACAGAGGACCCCAAGGUCCAUGAAGAAUAAUAGCUUAAAGGUCCCGGGCCCUAAGGAAGCCAGACUAUCCUCCACCAGGGCCAGGGCCUUUUCAGUGGCGGCUCCGACCUGGUGGAAUGCUCUGUCCCAUGAGACUAGAGCCCUGCAGGACUUGAUCUCCUUCCACAGCGCCUGUAAGAAGGAGCUGUUCCGCCUGGCCUUCAAUUUGAAUUAGCCUGAUCCUCUAUGGCCUUUUCCCUUUCCUCUUCUAUGAAGAAACCCUUUCUGGGACCCCACAUUUAAAUUCUUCCUUAGUCUCCUUGCUGGCCCUAGUAGGACCAACUUGGCCAGUUGCCCUGGUGAUCAUUUGAUGUCUACUGACUGGGUUUUGUCCCCCCUCCCCAUGACCCCUGAAUUUUUGAAUACUAUUGAUAUUGAUGCUGCAUUUUAUGUUCUGUUUUAUGCUGUUUCAAAGUUGCAUUUUAAUCACUGUUUUAUAUUUGCUGUUAGCCACCCUGAGCCUGGUUUUUAAACUGGGAAGGGCGGGGUAUAAAUAAAUUAUUAUUAUUAUUAUUAUUAUUAUUAUUACAGUGGUGCCCCGCAAGACGAAUGCCUCGCAAGACGGAAAAACCGCUAGACGAAAGGGUUUUCCGUUUUGAAGUUGCUUCGCAGGACGAAUUCCCCUAUGGGCUUGCUUCGCAAGACGAAAAUGUCUUGCGAGUCUUGAGAUUUUUUUUCGCUUCCCCCCCCCUUUAUCUAAUCUGCUAAGCCUUUAAUAGCCUUUAAUAGCCUUUUAGCAGCUAAUCCCCUACGCCUUUAAGCCUUUAAUAGCCGCUAAACAGCUGAUAGCGCUAAUAGCGCUAAUCCGUCAAUGGGCUUGCUUCGCAAGACGAAAAAACCGCUAGACGAAGACUCUUGCGGAACGGAUUAAUUUCGUCUUGCGAGGCACCACUGUAUUGGGUUCCCAUACAUCCAGGAAAAUUAGACAUUCUCCUCUUUUGGGGGGCCCUAACAUGCACAUAUGGGUAGAUUUUUUGCAAUUUAAAGGAAAUGUUGGGGGGUGCACACUUGCUUGGGAGGGCGCUGUGCCCCAGAAGCAGCACAGCAGAGCAAGGCCUUUGCAGCGAAUAUCAGGAGCUGGGGUCCUGCCUCUGCUCUGGCUGAUCUGCAUGCUGCUGCCAGCCUGAGCUGGGGAAAGAGGCACACGGGCAUUGCUGUGGCAGCCCCACGUGCCUCUUUCCCUGACUCGGGCUGGCAGCGGCUUGAGCUGCCCUUUUUUGCUCUUCAAUAUAUGGCAACCCUAGGGAUGCGGGUGGCGCUGUGGGUUAAACCACAGAGCCUAGGACUUGCCAAUCAGAAGGUUGGUGGUUCCUAUCCCCGUGACGGGGUGAGCUCCCGUUGCUCGGUCCCUGCUCCUGCCAAUCUAGCAGUUCGAAAGCACGUCAAAGUGCAAGUAGAUAAAUAGGUACUGCUCCAGUGGGAAGGUAAACGGCGUUUCCAUGCGCUGCUCUGGUUCGCCAGAAGCGGCUUAGUCGCUGGGCACAUGACCUGGAAGCUGUACACCGGCUCCCUUGGCCAAUAAAGCGAGAUGAGCGCCGCAACCCCAGAGUCGGUCACGACUGAACCUAAUGGUCAGGGAUCCCUUUACCUUUUUAUAUGGCAACCCUACUUCCAUUUCUACAAUUCUAUGAUUGUAUGAUAAUUAUUGCUAUAGCACUGGUCUAGUCCAGAGAUGGGGAACUUGUGGUCUUCUAGAUGUUGGAUUUUCACCACCCAGGGAACCUGUGGUCCUCCAGAUGUUGGAUUUUCACCAUCCAGGGAACCUGUGGUCCUCCAGAUGUUGGAUUUUCACCAUCCGGGGAACCUGUGGUCCUCCAGAUGUUGGAUUUUCACCACCCCUGUCCAUUGGUCACGCUGGCUCUAGGACUCAUGGGACUUCCUGCAACAUCUGGAAGACCAGAUUCCCCACCUCUGGCCGAAACUAAUCUACCACACUUUGUUGCAGUUUCCCACAAGUUUCCAUAUGCUAAUGUUCAGGGUGUGUCAGCAGCUUUGUUAAUAAUACUUGCGAAAGGUAAUGUUCCCGUUCAGGAGCGAAUCGCUAGGAGAAAGCACGAAGCUUGUGUUGAUCAUUCACAGUGAAAUGCCCUUUCACACAGAGAGAGUGAUGGUUUCAUAACUGCUCCGGUUACAAAGCAAUCUCCUUGCAGUACAACAGAAGAAAAGGGCAGAGAGAUUGACAAAUCGUUGUGUGCAAACCUACCCUUUAGUUACACAUUUCAGUGCCUUGUUUAAAUCUUUAAAAGGGAGUGACUUGGAUGGAGAAGAGGGGCUGUCUAAGGAGACUUUAAGCAGGUAUAUAAAACAAAAUCUAGUGGCAGUGAUUGGAAACCAAGGUUAUAUUCACAUGACAAUUUGUCUCAAACUUCCUGACUUUUCUCUCACUUCUACAUUACAUUUGGCCCUUUCACAUGAUGUAAAAAUCUGCUUCCAGAAAUAUAGCAAAAUCUAGAGCAAGGAUUAGUGCUUGUUUCUGCGCUGUUGCUUCAAAAAGCACCCAUUUGCAACCGACACAGAAAGGAGUGCUAACUUUGUUCCAGAUUCUGCUAUAUUUCUGGAAUUGGAUUUCACAUCAUGUGAAAGCUGAAGUAUAAUGCGGAAAUUAACCGUUAGGGGAAUGUUGGGGAAAUGGACUAAUCUGCCAUUUCAACGCAGCUCUCUUCCACAGUCCUUUACCCAAAAGAAAGGAAGGAUGCAUUGGGAUUCUGUCAGCUGUGCUAUACAGCUGAUAGGCAUGAUGAAAUCUGAAAAAUGCAGUACUUUCAUCCAAUGGAAAGAAGAGAGCAGGUUGCAAGAAAAUAAUGUUAGUUGGGGUAUCCUGGAAUUGCAAGGAGGAUACCCACCAGCCUGUUGUUCAGGGAGCUGAUUAAGAAAAUAAAUCACAGAAGUGUGUUCCCAGUUUUAAUGUGGGGCUGGGGAGACACACAAACCUUUGCUUCAGCAAUCAAAGAGUGUGGAGAGCAGCACUCUGGCAAUUCCUCUAAUGGUUUAUAACUUUGUAUAAUCUUAUUUGAUCACUCAGGACGUGAAAGAUGGUGCGUGCAAAGAUUUGGAUCUUGAAGAAGCACUUUGAGGGAUUUCCUAAGCACAGUGAUUUUGAACUGAAAGAGGUGGAACUGCCGGCACUGAAGGAUGGAGGUAAAAGGGAUUUUUGCCUUUGUACUCACAAAGUUUUAUGUGAAUAAACAAGGGGUGAAUCCAGUGACUCGUCAUUUUGGCCCACCAUCAGAACAUGAAUCUCAAUAGGAUGCAUGUUGAACAUUUGCUAAGAAGAAAUGAUUUUCAUUGCAUUUGAUUCCAAGGGAGGUGGAGCAAGCUUGUAUUCUGCUGCUCCGGAGAACAGGACAGGUCAAGAGUUGUUGGAUAAUGGAAUGAACUGUCUCAGAAGGUGGUAGACUCUCUCAUUCACUGGAGGUUUUUAAACAGAGGUUGGAUAGGGACAGUGGUGUAGCUUGGGUUGACAGUGCCCGGGGCCACAUGGAGCGGGUGGAAGGGAGGGAAAUGGGUGGAGUACGCAUGCACAUUCAACGCCUAAUGACAUCCACGUCACCCAGGAGUUUGCAGCUGCAGAGAUAGGGAAAGAAGAGUCAUUGUCUGGAGAGGUCACUUCCUGGUUUGCAUGGAAAAGCUUCUUUUCAACGGCGUACAGUGACAGAAGUGUGCAGCUGUAUUCAGGCAGCACCGGGGGUUGAAAUUUUGCACCCCUAAUCAUUUUGCAACUGGGGCAACCGCCCCUGUGCUCCCCAUGCUACAGCACUGGAUAGGGUUUCUUUCGUUGUGGUUCCUGCAUUGCAGAGGGUUGGACUAGAUGAUCGCUUGGUCCCCUUCCAACUCUAUGAUUCGAACUUAGUAAGACUUACUACUGAGUAAACAUGUCUUGGAUCCCAGCCUGAAGCCUUUCAAAUGCCCCAACCCUAUCUGGUUCUCUCUUCCCAUGGUGACUAUUUUUUAACGAAUUUAAGAGACUUAAGAUUGUCUCCGAUCUAUGGUCAAGUUUGUCCAUUAAUCUACUUUAUCAUAUUCUGUAUUUCAGAGGUGCUGCUUGAAACUGUGUUCCUCAGUCUUGACCCAUAUAUGAGGUAUUGUUCUUUUUGUUGGACUUACCCAUUGAAGUAUAACCCUGAAACUGCAGUACAGCUUGGCUACACCUCUUGCCUAGAUAUCCCUACUAAAUGUUAACUCUGGGCCAGUUUGGAUGCAAGACGAAACCAUAGUUUCGCAUGAUGUGAAUGAGCCCACAGCAAACCUUAGGCUCUCGCAUGCUCCUUUGUCGCUGUGGCCAUCAAGAAGAGUUCAGAAUCUUUCACUUCGGUUUUGAAAGUUUGCAAAACUCCAACAAGAUGUAGCUAUGUAGUCUUAGCUAUAGUUAGUGGAACCAAGCCAACUCCAAACCAUAGUUAACAAAUUUGGCUCAUUUCCACUAACCAUACAUAACAAAUAACUACAGACAAGGUUUCAGGCAUCGCAGCAAACCACAGUUACUCGAAAGCAGAAGUUUCUAAUUUCUUCACGGCCGUGAGGAAAGAGGACACCGAGAGUGUGAGCCCAAGAAUAGCUGAAUCUGUGGUUGAGCAUUGUGUUGGAGCGCAGCUUUUGUCUUCCCUUGAGAGCUUAUUCUGUAGCAGAGUUUUAACAGUAAAUUGGUGUAAGCUUCCAGAGGAUAAGUCUGUCACCACAGCCUACGACUUCAGGAUUUGAAAUCCCUGUACGGAAUUCUCCUAUGAGCAAUUUGUCAUUAAAAAUAUAAGAUAAAAAUAUACUUUCAAAUGCUGAGGCCGUGACCAGGAAGUAGCUGAACCUACUUCGCUAUAUUAUGACACGCUUUUGAAUAACGUCAACAGGCAAUUUUAUGAAAUUUCAAACACUGUAGAGAAAGUUCCUCAUGAAAAAGUAUAGACUUACAGCCCAUUGUUAACAGCUUAUUCUGUCCUCUGUGUGGUCUUGAUCACCCAUGCAUUAUAUUGCCAUUAGCAUUUCGUUUCUGUUGCUUUUGCCAUAAGUAGGGUUGUUAAUCUUACCAAUUCUUACCAGUUCCUUUAAUAGCAACUUCUCUCUGCAAAUGCUGGUAGUUUAGAACGUUUAUAUACAGACUGUGUAAAAUUCAUCUAUGAGUUGUUCUGUAGUUCUGCUCUCCAGGUGGUUGUUGACCGCGCAGGAGCAGGCCAGGCCAUUGCUCUGGUCAGUUGGCAAACUCCGAGCUAUACACCAUAACGAAAACAUGGACUUGGAUAGCAUGCCUCUUGUUGCACGCUCUUGUGUUUUGAAGCGGCUGUGGUUAUCAAAAGUUUAUAAAUGCAAAAAACAAGACGCAUAGUAAAAGGCUGGUUCUGGGUUCGAAUCCCAAAUGUCGGUGCAAAUUGCUCCCAUUCCUGCAAAGGCAUUCUCUGACAAGCCCGUCUUGUUGGUGUGUUUUGUUUUGUUCUCUACAGACCAUACAGCAGGAUUCAUCUGAAGGAAGGGGAUACAAUGUUAGGAUCCCAAGUUGCAAAGUAAGGUCCUCCAUCAAUAUAUAUCUGUGUUUGUGAAAAGAUUUUGCUGAUGUUGCUAGCUGUUUUGCUGCUGCUAUCAUUGAGUCUUAGUUAAUAUAAAGUAGUUCUAGCAUAUCUUUUGCACUUUGCAAAUGUUUAAGGUGGAGUUCUUUAAACAAGCAUGCGUGCGUGUGAGAGAGGGAGAGAAACAGACUGGAAAAAGAAUUAAGAUUUCAGGGAACACAUUAUAUUUUAGCAGUGCUUUUUUCUGGGGGGAUGCAUACCCCUAAACAUAUUGUGAAUCUUUGUACUUUUGUCCAUUUACUGUAUUUAUUUUCCCCAAUUUGAAUUAUAAAAUGGUGAUUUUCUUGAGUCAAAAUGAGAGUACCCCUAAACAUUUUUUUUUUAGAAAAAAGCACUGUGUUUUAGUAGAUUUGUGGUGAUUGAUAUUAGAAACGUAGGCAGCUUCCUGCCUUAAACCAAUGAUUCCUGUAUCUGAGUACAGUCCACACCCAUUAGUGGCAGCUCCCCAGAGCUUCAGACAGUCUUUCUCAGUCAUAGCUGGGGAUGGCAGGAUUUGAAGCCGGGCAUAGCUAUAGUGCUGAGCUAUAGUGUCAGGAGCCCUGUCUGUAUUGUAUGUGACUUCCCCUAAAGAAUUUUGGGAAAAGGAAGUGAUGGUUAAACCUCUCCGGGAAUUGUAGCUCUGUGGAGGGAAGAACUCUCAGCUAAUAACCCUCAGGACUCUUAACUAACUACAGUUCCCACAAUUCUUUGGCAGAAGGUGUGACUAUGGUACGGCACUGCAUUAAGUCUGUAGAGCAGACGGGGCACCCUCAUCAGUGUAAACUGUGUCCCAUCUUUGGAGAGCAUGCUGCCGAUUCUAUGCAAAAAAAUCCUCUCCGGUACCUCUCUCGGCACAGUAAAUUGUUGCAGCUGCUUGAUACCUGUUUAGAUAUAAAUGACAAAAUCUGCUUUCACUUUGCUGUACGCAGAGCAGUUUUGCUGAUGCAACUGUGCUUUUUUUUUUUUUUAACAUAAAAAUAUAUAUAGAGUUCUGGAAAGCAAGUGCCCCACGUUCCCUGUGGGUUCCUUCGCCCUAGCGAGAGCAGGCUGGACAACUCACUUCAUCUCCACAAGCAAAGAGCUGUUUCCUAUGCUACCUAACUGGCCGGAAAAACUGCCCCGAUCUUUGGCUCUGGGAGCUAUUGGCAUGCCUGGGUGAGUAGCCUUGGAAGUGGCACAGAAGCGUUGGGGAUGAGCUUCAAGUGUGUUGCUUUCACUCACUUUUGGGCACUAACGCAUCGUGGCGCUUGUGCCACAUGUGAGAAGGCAUAGACCCGGUUGUGUAGCUCUCCCCACUCCAGAUCCACAAAAGCCAUUGAAAAGCAUUGAAAGCACUCAAUUAACGGAGGUUCCGCCCCCACGACCCAAGCCUGCCCCCCAUAAUGUCCCCUUUUUAUGGAUAUACAGUGGUACUUCGGGUUAAGAACUUAAUUCGUUCUGGAGGUCCGCUCUUAACCCGAAACUGUUCUUAACCUGAGGUACCACUUUAGCUAAUGGGGCCUCCCGCUGCCGCCGCCACGUGAUUUCUGUUCUCAUCCUGAAGCAAAGUUCUUAACUACUUCUGGGUUAGCGGAGUCUGUAACCUAACGCAUAUGUAACCUGAAGCGUCUGUAACCUGAGGUACCACUGUAUUUAAAGGUAAAGGGAUCCCUGACCAUUAGGUCCAGUCGUGGCCGACUCUGGGGUUGCGGCACUCAUCUCGCUUUAUUGGCCGAGGGAGCUGGCGUACAGCUUCCGGGUCAUGUGGCCAGCAGGACUAAGCCACUUCUGGCGAACCAGAGCAGCGCAUGGAAACGCCGUUUACCUUCCCACUGGAGUGGUACCUAUUUAUCUACUUGCACUUUGACAUGCUUUUGAACUGCUAGGUUGGCAGAAGCAGAGACUGAGCAAUGGGAGCUGUCUGCACCGGGGGGGGGAUAUAGAGGGCAAAGGGAGCCCACCGAAUGCCAGCCCAACCCUCGCCACUGCCAGAGUGGUACCAGCCUCGCAAAGCAGCUUGGGGAGGUUGGUGUGAGAAGGACGCCAUGCUCCCUUCGACAUCCUUGACAAGCUAACUUUUUCUCCCUCCCUCCCCUCUCUCCCUCCCAGGCUCACUGCCUACUUUGGCCUGCUUGAGAUCUGUCAGCUGAAACCUGGAGAUACCGUCCUGAUCAACGCUGCAGCUGGGGCUGUGGGGAGUGUGGCCGGGCAGAUCGCAAAAAUAAAGGUAAGCGGUCGUGGAAAAACACGUUGGUAUUAUGGGCCCAGAGCAGAAAGGGCAGGGGGACUCGGAGGAAGUGUCCCAGGCAGUACAUACCGCCUCUCCUGGUAUGCCCUGCAGAGGACCUUAAGGUCCAUGAAUAAUCAUAGUUUAGAGGUCCCGGGCCCUAAGGAAGUCAGACUAUCCACCAGGGCCAGGGCCUUCUCAGUGAUGGCUCCGAUCUGGUGGAAUGCUCUGUCCCAUGAGACCAGGGCCCUGCAGGAUUUAACUUCCUUCUGCAGGGCCUGUAAGACAGAGCUAUUUUGUCUGGCUUUCAAUUUGAACUUAGCCUGAUCUUUUAUUCCCCUUCCUACCCUCCCCUUCCCCUUUUUAUGAAGACUACCCCGCUCUGGGAUCCCACAGCUAAUUCUCCCCUGUUCUCCUCGCUGGCCCAAAUAGGACUAAUUUAGCCAGUUAGCCCUGGUGAUCAUCUAAUGUUUAUUGGAUGGAUUUCCCCCUAAAUUGAUUUUUGAAUUCUGAACUUACUGUUAUUCAUGUUUUAUACUGUAUUUUAUGCUGUUUUUGGUUGCAUCAAUUAACUGUUUUAAAUUUGUUCUUAGCCGUCCUGAGCCCGGUUUUCUGAACCGGGAAGGGCAGGGUAUAAAUAAUUUAUUAUUAUUAUUAUUAUUAUUAUUACAUCUCUGCACCCCUUGAUUUGAUGGGGAACGGGACAAGAAAGUACAUAAUGUGAGUGUGUGUGUGUGAGAGAGAGAGAGAGAGAGAGAUUUGAAAUAUAAGCAGCGGGUUAUUAAAAUAAUUGACGACAUCGGGGCUUGGAUAAUGAACGUGUUUUAAAACCGCUAAUAAAAAGGAGGAAUAAAAACAUCAGGAAAGGAGGGGUGGGAAGUCAGGAAGAAAUUGUGUUAAAAACACACACACCAGGGUUGCCAUAUUUCAAAAUGAAAAUCCAGACACAAAAGUGGUUGAGCUAUUUUUUUUGGGGGGGGGGGCAAAGUUGGGUUUUCGUUUUUUUGCAAAAUCUACCUCCCCCCACAAAGAUAAGUUCUUUCUUGAGCUAUUUCUUAGGAAAUUUGCCAAAAAAUCCACACUUCCAAUGUGGGCUGGCCAACGCUAUUUCCAUCGGAUAAAUCCUGGAUGUGUCUGGGAAAUUCUAGACAUGUGGCAGCCCUACUGUACGACAAGGGUUUUUGAGUAUCUUUGGAGACUAGAUAAACAUUUUUUUAAAAGAAAGUGUGUAAUGUAAUGGUGUGUGUGUGUGUGUGUGUGUGUGUGAGAGAGAGAGAGAGAGAGAGAGAGAGAGAGAGAGAGAGAGAGAACGAACUUAGGACAAAACUACUGUGAUCCACCCACCCUGAACCUUAAAAAAGGUGUGUGCACGUUCCUUUCUUGCAAAGUAGAGUUGUUUAUCGUGCAUGGGCUCGUUCGGCUUGCACAGUCAGGAGAAUUAAGGACGCUGCAGCGCUCCAAAGAGGAGCAUGGAUGAGAAAUGGCAGGAAGAAAGCUGUGGGUCCGGUUUCCUUUUGAGCAUGUAGCGUUGUGAUGGUUUCCUGAAUGGCGUGAAAAACAAAUGGGUUUGGAAAUGGCACGAGCAGUGCGAGGAAGCGUUAUAUAACUUCUCUUUAUCCUGCAGGGUUGCAAAGUGGUUGGCUGUGCAGGUUCGGACAAGAAAGUGGCCUUCCUCAAAGAAAUUGGCUAUGAUGAAGCCUUCAACUAUAAGACGGUGGGGUCUCUGGAAGAGGCCCUGAAGAAAGCUUCGCCCGACGGCUACGACUGCUACUUUGACAACGUAAGCUCAAACGGAGCGCCAACUCUUGAAAUGCGGAGGCCGUUUGCGCCGUUUGCUGGCACCUACGGCGUGUGCGCAUGCACACUGGGGGGUGGUGUGGAGGGUGAACAGAACCCACCGCCCCAGCCGCCGAUGCCAAUGUUGCCAGGUGGGCACGUGGGGCAUGGAGGGCUUAUGGAGCCCAUGGCCAAGCCCUUGCAGCUGAAGCCAAGCAGGGCUGCACUGUGCCAGCUACUCACACAGGAAUGAGCCCAGCCAGCCGGUGCGGCCCUUGGCGGUCUGUGGCGAUCACACAGGGUCCCCGGACAUUUCACCGUCUAUUGAUUCCUGUGCCACCACUUUAUUUCUCACUGCCACCACCCAGGCCCUACCUGGUACAAUGCUGAGUCCAGUCAGGGUUAAAUUGGAACAUAAACUUUUGUUUAUUUAUUGCAGUUCAACAAGCGUGUGGUUUCAUAAUCGGUAUCGGUCAAUUACAAACAUGGGGUUCCUAUCCAGACUUAUAACUUCCACUACUUGCUCUCUCUCACUAAACCACCUCUCAGAUAUUUACUUGUCUUCCUAGCUCCUAACUGUUCCUGACCCAGCUUAUUUCGCUACACUAACUCAGCCUCCCCACAGACUCUAUCCCAAUUCACUCCCAUUCCAACCAACCACCCAACUCCCGACAAACUCCUCCCUUUGGCCCUCCCAGAGCUGGUUUUAUAGUCUCUCUGAUCUACCCCCUGGGUUCUGAUUGGGUAACCUGUUUAACUAUUUCACCUCCAGCACUCUCAUAUGUCAACGUCACACGGUCGAGUCCCCCUGGCGCUGGCCGGGCGACCAUUCAGCAAGGGGCCCGGGGAUGCGGAUGCGAGGCCAGGCUCCGGGUCCCAGAGACCCCUAGCAAACAAGCAGGGCAGGAUGGGGACGCCUGGUUCACCCCCCCUAAAAAUUGUGCCUCCUGGGACCCCCGCACGCUCCACCCCUGAUUGAAGGAAAGCUUUUUGGUAUUGUUCGCUUGUUUGGGGUGGGACGCUGUAAAAAGCUUUUGGUCUAACCUCCCUAGAGCAAGGUUAUGCAAGUGCACAGACUUCACUGUAGCAAGUGAACUGCAAAACAUCCUUGGUGUUGGUCAAACAACAGCCUGAGGCUGUCCCCAAUGUGAAGAAUCGUAGAGAUGGAAAGGGGUCAUUCUAGGGUCAUCUAGUCCAACCUGCUCUAAUCCAGGAAUCUCAGCUAGAUCAUACAUGUCAGGCGGGAUAGGUGCUAAGCGAGCAACAGUGACUUACACACCUGCAGCAAGUUGGAGCUAAGAUUUGUGUGCUGAACCAGAGAAGCCUACCUUGUAAAAACAAGCCUGCCUGGAAUAACUUGAACACCUGCAUUGACUUGCCAGUUUGAUCUUCCCAACGUAUAACUGCAGGGGCCUGGUUCCUGACCUCCUCAAUUUCCUGGAAAUAAGAGAUACUGCUUGCAGCAAAUUUUUUCGGUUUGAAAACUUUGGCCCCAUCCGCAGAAUACGCUCAAAGCAGUAUUGUACUACUUGGAUACUGUCAUUUGUAAAGGGCACUGAGAGUUUUUACCAUACCUCUAGAGGUACAAUUCCUAAAAUGGUUUAACAGGCAGUUCCUGUUUCUAGGGAGCUUUGGGAAUUGUAGCUCUUCUUAUCCAGACUAUAAACAUACCUAGUUCCUUCAACCGUUCCUCUUAACGGUUGAAUUCAAAUGAUGUUUUGAAUUCCUUACAAACACGCACCACUAGAUGGCACCAGAGAGAAAACAUUUUCUAUACAUUUUUUUACAUUGUGCCCCCCCACCUUUGUUAUAACAAUUUAAUUUCUGACUUAUUUAUAGAGUCCUCCCCCCCCCCCCGUGUGUAGAUCCACCCAUGGCUUGGUUUCCAGUACACAAAGCAACCUUCCUCCCCUUCUGGGUAGUUUUUCAAUAGUAAAGAAUACUGUCAGAGUGUCCAAACUCCGAAGUCGAUUUUAUUUAAGCAGAUAUGCAUGCAAAGUGCUUGGGGGGGGGGCACCUACCUCCCCUCACCAAAAAAAUUAAAAGUGGCCAGCCUGCCUGAAUGGAGAGAGAAAAGAGAAAGAUACUGUGGUCAAAUCCACAUGCACACCAUGCAUUUAAUAACGCAUGCAUGCACCAGUUUAGCAGUCAUGUGUUUCCUCCAAAGAAUACUGGGAAAUGUACAGUAUGUGCUGGAAAUUGUAGCAGAAACCCCUUAGUGUUUGUUUCAAUGCAUUGCAUCAUGGCACAUUGUAACGGUCUUUAUCUGAACAGGUCGGAGGCGAGUUUUCAACUGUUGCCCUGGGCCAGAUGAAGAAAUUUGGGAGAAUUGCUGUGUGUGGCGCCAUCUCCUUGUACAAUGACACAGUGCCCCAAACAGGUAAAACUUGUAUUUUUAUUUUUGUCUGUUGCUUUAUAGCUUCUGGGGUGAAAGGGUCACGGGCUGAUAAAGGCACAAGUUUAUAAUGCUUACAUAGGUCACACUUUGCAAUUUAAUGGGGCUGUUCUUCAGGAAUUCCAUUGCCAUGUUUAACAGGCAAAACAACUGCCAGAAACUGCCAAUGGAAGCUUUUAAUUGAAAGUCCAAUAGCUCAGUUGGUAGAGCACUUAAUCUUAAGGUUGUGAGUUUGAGCCUCACAUUGGGCAAAAAGAUUCCUGCAUUGCAGAAGGUUGGACUAGAUGACCAUUGCGGUCCCUUCCAACUUACUAUUAUUAUUGUUGUUGUUGUUGAAUUUAUAUACAGCUCUAUACCCAGGGGUCUCGGCAGUUCACAGAAUAAAAUCAAGGUAUAAAAUCACAAAAUACAUAAUAAAAAUAAAAACAACAACCCAAUACACCCCCUUUAAAAAAAGGGGGGGCAUAGGAUGUCAAACAGAUCGACCAAAAGGAAUGUUUUUGCCUGUUGCCUAAAGAUGUAUAAUGAAGGUGCCAGGCAAACUUCCCUGGGGAGAGCAUUCCACAGACAGGGAGCCACUGCAGAGAAGGCCCCGUUCUCGUGUUGCCACCCUCCGGGCGCUCAAGGAGACGGCACACGAAGGAGGGCCUCAGAAGAUGAUCUCAUAUGGGAAGAGGCGGUCCUUGAGGUAGUGUGGUCCUGAGCUGUUUAAGGCUUUAUAGGUCAAAACCAGCACUUUGAAUUGGGCUCUACAAGAAGACAACACAUAGAAAGCUCAGCGAUGCAAUGGUUCAGUGGCAUUGUCUGGGUUUGCCCUAAAACAUGAGUCAAUGAAGGAUGGCAAUUCCAUUUUAAACGGUUAGUGUUUUGAUGUUUAGGCAUUUAGUCGUGUCCGACUCUUCCUGACCCCAUGGACUAGAGCACUCCAGGUACUCCCGUCUUCCACUGCCUCCCGCAGUUUGGUCAAACUCAUGCUUGUAGCUGCGAGAACACUGUCCAACCAUCUCGUCCUCUGUCGUCCCCUUCUCCUUGUGCCCUCCAUCCUUCCCAACAUCAGGGUCUUUUCCAGGGAGUCUUCUCUUCUCAUGAGGUGGCCAAAGUACUGGAGCCUCAGCUUCAGGAUCUGUCCUUCCAGUGAGCACUCAGGACUGAUUUCCUUCAGAAUGGAGAGGUUUGAUCUUCUUGCAGUCCAUGGGAGUCUCAAGAGUCUCCUCCAGCACCAUAAUUCAAAAGCAUCAAUUCUUCGGCGAUCAGCCUUCUUUAUGGUCCAGCUCUCACUUCCAUACAUCACUACUGGGAAAACCAUGGCUUUAACUAUACGGACCUUAGUUGGCAAGGUGAUGUCUCUGCUUUUUAAGAUGCUGUCUAGGUUUGUCAUCGCUUUUCUCCCAAGAAGCAGGCAUCUUUUAAUUUUGGGACUGCUGUCACCAUCUGCAGUGAUCAUGGAGCCCAAGAAAGUAAAACCUCUCACUGCCUCCAGUGAAAAAUGGAAAUGGAGGCAGUGAGAAACGGUUAGUGCAGGGGUCAGCAAACCUUUCAGGAGGGGGCCGGUCCACUGUCCCUCAGACCUUGUGGGGGGCCAGACCCACCUUCUCCUGAAAGGACCCGCCCCUCAUGCCACCGCCACCUCGUCUUCAGCAGCGUCGUCGUCAUCGUCCUCUGCCUCUGCCAGGGGUCUGCGGGGUGCAGAGCCCAUGCUGCUGGUCUGGGUGGCAGAAGCAGCCUCCCUGCCGCUGCAGCUUCCUCCCUUUCUGCUCUUGGCCAUACAUGGCCGCCUCAGUGGGAAGGAAGGGGCGUCACCCAGAGGUGUCCACGGCUUUGGAUUGGCUGCAGGAGCUUCCUGCAGCCAAUUGAAAGCCACGCCAGCGUUGUGGAAGUCAGUCCCCGCAUGGCGAGGCCUCUGCACUGCGCUGGUUUAACGCGGGGACUGACCGAGCGGGCGGCAGGGUCCGCAGGCCGGAUUUACGAGCCCGGUGGGCCGCAUCUGGCCCCUGGGCCAUAGUUUGCCGACCCCUGGGUUAGUGUGUGGAACAACCUGAGUGUAGACGACAGCAGCUCCUGCUCAAAAACAACAACAAAGGCUAUAACGUUUGCUGGAUCUUUUUAGGGAUCCUUUGUAUAUCAGCAUUCAGUGUAGCUUGAUAAGGCCAUACGGGCAACAUUUCUGAAAUACCUAUUUGAGGAGCAGAGUAGUUUGACACCACAAGAGGUCCGUAGUGAGUUAGAAACCACUUGCUGCUACUGUAAUCAACAAAUUAUGCUAGCAGGACUAGACGUUUUGUAAGGAGAAAUAUAUGAAAUAUUGCAAAGAGGAGAAAGAAGAGAGAUGCUAGUUUUGAGAGUUAAAUGUAAUAGUGGAAGUAAGAAAUGUAUAUUAAGUGAUUAGAUGGGGAAAUUGUCAGAUGUGAUUGGUGGAAGUAAAAAAAAAUGGUGUAAGAAAUGAAAGUAUGUUUAAUUACUGUUGAAAAUGUUAAGUUGAAAAAUUAAUAAAAAUUUAUAUAUAUAUAUAAAAAACCACUUGCUGCUGCUUUGAAAAUAAUUUCAGCAUUCCCCCUUAUCGUAGUAGCACAGUUGAGCAAUUGAAACUCAGGCUUCUAGUUGGCUUCUAGUUGAGUUAACUGGCUCCCCCCUCUUCCCUGCCGCAGUUUCCAAACACUCCUAGUCUUCUGAAGUCAUUGGGACCGUUGGUACAAGUCAGCUCACCAUUCCUCUUGCAAAGCACUUGGAAGCGGUAGCGAAAUUUGCUAAUCACUGGUUUGCGAUUGGCAUCCACGGUUACUCCUUUCAACCGCUGGGAUGUAAUGAAAAAGAGUAUCGGGCCUAGAAACCUCGGUUAAAAAUCGCUGUGGGUUAAACCACAGAGCCUAGGACUUGCGGAUCAGAAGGUUAGCGGUUCGAAUCCCCGUGACGGGGUGAGCUCCCGUUGCUCGGUCCCUGCUCCUGCCAACCUAGCAGUUCGAAAGCACGUCAAAGUGCAAGUAGAUAAAUAGGUACCGCUCCGGCGGGAACAUAAAAGGCAUUUCCGUGCGCUUCUCUGGUUUUGCCAGAAGCAGCUUAGUCAUGCCGGCCACAUGACCCGGAAGCUGUACGCCGGCUCCCUUGGCCAAUAAAGCGAGAUGAGCGCUGCAACCCCAGAGUCGGUCACGACUGGACCUAAUGGUCAGGAGUCCCUUUACCUUUACCUAGCUGUACAGUUUAGGCAGAAUUAAGCAAGAGGCAGUGUUUCAAUGUCGCCUACUUCACAGGGCUGUUGGUAAGAAUGACAAAGUGAAGAGCGCAGUUUUUUGUGGGCUUUUUAAAAUUUAUUUUAAAAAACAACAGUUCUGCUCUGAGCUUAUUUUGACUGUUAGGGGGAGCUGUGCAACAGGAUUAUGUGAAAGCCCUGCGAUCUCUGCUGGAAUGGGAAGUUGUGGAACAAUAGUUAACUGGGCUUUGGUCAAAGAUGGCGUCUUUCCUCCUGGCAGUUCCAAGGUGACUGAGUUGCCUGACCUUCUGCUCCAUCAGGUUCCUUUCCCCAACUUUUCCUCCAUUUUACAGGAAGAAGCACAGGGAAAACAGGGAGGAGGAAAGCAAUUUGGUGAUGAAAAAAGUAAGAAGUGAGAGGGACCAAGCACGGCUAUUCUAUCUUAAACCACUAGUGCAGAUGCACCUCUGGAUUAUGAAGGGGAAGAACGGGGGGGGGGGGGACACAAGUUAUCAGUUAGGAAAAGCCUGCAUUAACUGUGCAGCUGAAAUAUUUGCUCAACUGGAUUUGCCAAAAGAUGGGGGGAAGACACUUGUUUGUAUUGAAAAAUACGCUUGAUUUCCUUUUUUUGAAGAGAAAUGAGCUUGCACGCUGCCUUGGUCUCCCAGGCAGUGAUAGAAGCUUGCCAUGAAAACUACAGGAAUGUAGGAAGUCUCCUUGCAACAAGUCAAACCAUUAGCCUGUCUUGCUCAGUAUUGUCAACCCUGACCGGUUGUGGCUCUGAAGUUUCAGGCAGGGGAAAUUGCCAGUCCUACUUGGAGAUGCCAAGGGACGCGGGUGGCACUGUGGGUUAAACCGCAGAGUCUAGGACUUUCCAAUCAGAAGGUCGGUGGUUCGAAUCCUCGCCACGGGGUGAGCUCCCGUCACUCGGUCCCUGCUCCUGCCAACCUAGCAGUUAGAAAGCACGUCAAAGUGCAAGUAGAUAAAUAGGUACUGCUCUGGCGGGAAGGUAAACGGCGUUUCCGUGCGCUGCUCUGGUUCGCCAGAAGCGGCUUAGUCAUGCUGGCCACAUGACCUGGAAGCUGUACGCCGGCUCCCUCGGCCAAUAAAGCGAGAGGAGCGCUGCAACCCCAGAGUCAGCCACGACUGGACCUAAUGGUUAGGGGUCCCUUUACCUUUACAUGGAGACACCAGGCAUUGACCCCGCAAGAUAACUCCGCCACUGAGCCAUGACUAGUAUUUGCACCCUGCGCUGAGUUUGGGGGGUUGGAAUAAAUGAUGUCCGAUGUCCCUUCCAAUUGUGCAAUUCUAACAUGAAGCUAAAGCUGGUGCAAACUGCCUGUAGCGUGCAAAUUUCACUAACUCUUUUCCCUCAUGUCUCUUCCAGGACCUUAUAUGCAGCUUAUGAUGAUCCUAAAAGAGCUGCGCAUGGAAGGGUUCGUCGUCCAGCGCUGGGCGGACAGGAGAGAGGAAGGUUUGACGGCACUGUUGAAAUGGGUCGCAGAGGUAAGUUUGUUCUGUGUUGUCUUUGGACCUUAGAAUUGUGAAGCUUGACCCAAGUCCGUAUUGUGAUAUUGGUCUCAUAAUUUAUGGCCUGGCAAUAUAUCAUGAAUCAUGAUGUGCGUUAGGGCUGGGCAGUAUAUCAUCCGAAAGCAGUUUGAAGUCCAUAUUGUGAUAGAGGUUUCGUAAUUUUUGAAACUCUUGGGACAGCGAAUCUCUCUCAGAUCCCUCUACAUACGGGGUCUUCGGGUUACGGUCAUGGCAAACCUGGAAGUGUAUACAGUAGUACCUCAGGUUAAGUACUUAAUUUGUUCCGGAGGUCCGUUCUUAACCUGAAACUGUUCUUAACCUGAAGCACCACUUUAGCUAAUGGGGCCUGCUGAUGCCGCUGCGCUCCCGGAGCCCGAUUUCUGUUCUCAUCCUGAAGCAAAGUUCUUAACCUGAAGCACUAUUUCUGGGUUAGCGAAGUGUGUAACCUGAAGCGUAUGUAACCCGAGGUACCACUGUACAUUCCUGCUGUGAAGCAACUUAAAGUCAAACUGGGAAAACAUGGAAGGUCGACCCCAAAGAGGGGUUUUCCUCUGGGCUUCAGCCUAAUUCAGGGGUCACCAUGAGAACCAAGGUGCCAUCACCUCAUACCGGACUGAAAUAUAAUUUUUUGGUGGGGAAGGGAAGCAAGUUUUUUGGCUGCCAUGAGCGGUAAGAGCCUACAACAGUUGGAGAUAAAAGAACCCCUCCCCUGAAUGAGAGAGAGGGUUGGGAGUGUCUGUGCUACCCCAGGUGAAAAGUGGGGCAGCUGGGUAUUUGUAUACCUGAAGGAACGUCUCCACCCCCAUCGUUCUGCCCAGACACUGAGGUCCACCUCCGAGGGCCUUCUGGUGGUUUCCUCACUGCGAGAAGGCAGGUUAACGGGAAACAGGUAGAGGGCCUUCUCGGUGGUGGCGCCCGCCCUGUGGAACGCCCGCCCAUCAGAUGACAAGGAAGUAAACAACUAUCUGACUUUUAGAAGAAUAAAAAACCUUUUUGAAGUUUUAUUCUGUUUUUAGUGUUCUGUUGGGAGCCGCCCAGAGUGGCUGGGGAAACCCAGCCAGAUGGGCGGGGUAUAAAUAUUAUUAUUAUUAACCUGGCUCAGUGCCCCCACCCUGAUACAGUAAAUUAAAGUGGAAACUUUUUCAUGGAUUGUUUAGAAACAAACUGAAAUCUAAAACCCAUUUUUUUUUGUUUUGUACAGGGGAAAAUUAAGUGCCAAGAACACAUCACCCAGGGCUUUGAAAACAUGCCGGCAGCAUUCAUGGGAAUGCUCAAAGGAGAAAACACUGGGAAGGCGGUCCUAAAAGUCUGACGGGCACGUGGCUUACUCUGGCAAGAAAUUCAGCACAAUAAAUGACUACUCCCUCUUUUAACUGCCAAAAUCUCAUUCAUAAACAUGCCAGUUUGCUCCCGUUGCUUGCGUAACACGAAUAUGCUGAAAGCCUGAGCCCGUGUGCUCUAAGGGUUAGGUGUUGGGAAAGAUUUGUAGUAAGUAGGAUGUCCAAUUUUAAGGAGUGGUAGAGGCAUGUGUAGAAUCCUCUGUCCUCUUUUAUUACCUUACAAGCCUGCAACCAUUUUUCUUCUGGAAAACAUCUGGUAUGAGCGGGGGAGAGAUUUUAUUGUCCCCAUAAGGAUGCUCAAAAACACCUUCCUUCCAAUCCAUAGUGGAGGUUACAAAAUUAAUGCUGGGCUAUUCUUUUAAUGUGUGGGUAUUUUGAAAUAAAAAUGACUUAGGUAAACCAACAUAUUGAUUACAUGUUGUCCAUACCCUAAGGAAAGGGGUCUUGGUUGAGGGCAGCUUACAAUUGUUUUGAGCCCUUAAAAAAAUAAAUAAAUUGCUACCACCUGUUAAACAUACCCAUAAUAUUUUGGCGCCAUGCAUUCAGCUCAAUGUAAAACUAACCCCCAACAAGGUUGUUUUCCUUAAGUUUUAAACUCUGCUUUCUUCUAAAUUUGCUUACUUUCUUACUGACAGCUGUAAUAAAGGAAUACAUAGCUGACACUUGUGUUUUUUAACAGCGAAGCCACAAGAUUCAUGCAGCGACACCCGUUUUAUACAUUUUUAUUCUUCUCAUUUACAGGCCAACGAGUCAAAAGUGUAUUUGGAUACAUGAUCUAACUUGAUCAGUUCAUUAUGUAGAAAAGGCUAUAAUUUAACAGUCAGCACUUUUUUUAUUAUUUAGGAAUCUGUGGGUUAGGUUACUUUAGAUUCUUGAUGGUUUCUUCCAGCUUCUCUUUGUUCGCUCCAGAGAAUUCAUGCACCUGAAAUACAGGAAUUCCAAGUUCAGGCCUUUCUUUCAAACCAUCACUUUUGAAGUAAGAAAGCAGACAAAUUGAGUGCAUUCAAAGUCACACAGAAAUGCACACUUGCUAACACUUAUAGUUUAUGGACGCUCAAAAGAUGCGUGCUUUUCAUGUCAAGACGAUUGUAAUUUUCUCCCGUUCCAGACAGAAGUCACCAGACACAGGUUUCUUAGCAGCUUCAUUCUCAGUUUCCAGCCUCUCUCUCUGUCAUUCAUCCUAACCUCAGAAUUCCACUUUUGUUAUUACUUGUGCAGUGUUAGAAACUCAAACAUAUAAGACUAAUUGUUGGGUGUUCUAUUGGAGUAGAAGAAGUGAAUGUUGUUUACAUAUAGCAGACAGAAGAAUCGGAAGUCCCUUCUGAAUUUUAUUUUCUCCCUCUUAAUCUUUUUUUUAAAUUAAAUAUUUUUCUUUACUCCUUUCUCCUCCUCCUCUUUGUUUUUAUUGCAUUUAGAUAAGUUUCAGUUUGGACAAAAAAAGAGGAAGUUUUGUACUUUUCUCUAUAAACCCUAAUAACAUCCCACACACAUAUAUAUGGCACCUUAAACCAAGGUUCCAUCACCACAAACAAAUGUACCUUUUAAUCAGCAAGAUUUUAUCGUUAUUCCUCAUUUCUACGCUGCUUUAUAUUUUAAAGGAAAAAUCUCUAAAGUGGUUGAGAGCACAUCAAAACAUCAAAUAAAACAAUCUGGAAUAAAACAAAUUCAAGCUUCAAGG